GCGGCGGUGGCGGUGACGUCAGGCAGGCAGGCGGUGGCGCGGGGCUGCGGAGCGUUGGCGAUCCAGCGGGAGGGCGACCGACCGCCAUUUUAUUCCCACACCCGGCCGACGAGCGGCAGCGGCGACAUGGAUUCGGUCAGGUGCAGCAGAUUUGCCGCCUCGCUCGCCUGCCUAUUGCUGAGCUUUUCGGUCGCAACCUCGGCCGCUAAAGUAAACAAGCACAAGCCUUGGAUAGAAACCACUUAUCAUGGUAUUGUAACGGAGAAUGAUGUCACAGUCCUGCUGGAUCCUCCAUUAAUUGCCUUGGAUAAAGAUGCACCUCUGCGUUAUGCUGAGAGGUAUGAGGUGACAUUCACCAAAGAAGGUGAGAUCUGUGGAUUUAGAAUUCAUGGGCAGAAUGUUCCUUUUGAAGCUGUAAUGGUUGAUAAAACCACUGGCGAAGGUGUCUUGCGUGCUAAAGAGUUAAUGGACUGUGAGUUGCAGAAAGAGUAUACAUUUACUAUCCAGGCCUAUGACUGUGGCGAGGGUCCAGAAGGAGAAAAUAUGAAAAAAUCCCAUAAAGCCAAUGUUCAUAUCCAGGUGAAUGAUGUAAACGAGUACUCCCCAGUUUUCAAGGAGAAGUCCUACAAAGCUACAGUCAUUGAAGGAAAGAAAUAUGACAGCAUCUUGCGAGUGGAAGCGAUUGAUGCUGACUGUUCACCUCAGUAUAGUCAAAUCUGCAGUUAUGAAAUUGUUACUCCAAAUGUGCCAUUUACUAUUGAUAAAGAUGGGUUUAUUAAGAAUACAGAGAAGGUGAACUAUAGCAAAGAUCGGCAGUAUAAACUUGCAGUGACUGCAUAUGAUUGUGGGAAGAAACGUUCGACAGAAGAUGUUCUCGUUAAGAUCAACAUUAAACCUACAUGCAAGCCUGGCUGGCAAGGUUGGAGUAAAAGAAUUGAAUAUGAGCCUGGCACUGGAAGCUUGGCAUUAUUUCCAAGUAUGCAUUUGGAGACGUGCGAUGAACCUGUAACAUUCAUUCAAGCAACAAUUGAAUUAGAAACAAGCCAUAUCGGCAAAGGAUGCGACAGGGAAACUUAUUCUGAAAAAUCACUCCAUAGAUUGUGUGGUGUUGCUUCUGGAACAGUUGAUCUCCUCCCCUCCCCAAGUAGCAGUACAAAUUGGACAGUUGGUCUUCCGACAGACAAUGGUCAUGACAGUGAUGAAGUCUUCGAAUUCAAUGGCACUCAAGCUGUGAAAAUCCCAGAUGGAAUUUUGACGACAAGUUCAGAGGAGCCACUUACCAUUUCUGUGUGGUUGCGGCAUGGACCUGGUGCUGGUAUUCAAGGGGAGAAGGAAACCAUCCUCUGCAAUUCUGACAAGAGAGAAAUGAAUCGUCACCACUAUUCCCUUUAUGUGCACAACUGCCGCUUGGUUUUCCUCUUCCGUCAGAAUCCUUCAGAGAGUGAGAAUUUCCGACCUGCAGAGUUCCAUUGGAAAAUAGACCAGGUGUGUGAUAAAGAAUGGCAUCACUAUGUACUAAAUGUUGACAUCCCCACUGUGGCCCUGUUUGUGGAUGGAGUUGCACACGAUCCUUUUCUAGUUACUGAAGAUUAUCCACUGCACCAUUCAAAGAUCCAAACCCAGUUGGUGGUUGGAGCUUGCUGGCAAGAAUAUACAGGAAACGAAAAUGAAAAUGAAACUGUGACAGAAGCCUAUCCAGGAGGAGAAUUUCGCAUGGCCCAGUUUUACCACGGCAGUCUAGCUGGUUUAAUGGUACAGACUGGAAAAAUUGAAAGCAAAAAGGUGAUUGACUGCUUGUACACGUGCAAAGAAGGGCUGGAUCUCUUUGAUUCUGAGAAUCUGGACAAAAGCAUGAAGGUUCAUUUCAAUCCCACCCAGUCACUGCUCAUCUUGGAAGGAAACGAUAUUGAAAAAUUUGAUAAGAGUAUACAACAUGUGUCGUACCUCAACUCCAGGCAGUUCCCAACGCCUGGAAUCAGACAAUUGAAAAUCACCACAUCUGUGAAGUGCUUCAAUGAGGAGACUUGUAUCACCAUCCCAGACGUAGAGGGCUACAUAAUGGUUCUUCAACCUGACGAACCAAAGAUAAGCCUGAGUGGUAUCGAUCACUUUGCACGUGCAGCCUCUGAAUUUGAAAGUGACGAGGGUGUUCCACUGUUUCCAGAGCUGAAGAUUAUUAGUACCGUCACAAGGGAGGUGGAGCCAGAAGGGGAGGAUGAAGAUGAACCAACAGUCCAAGAAUCCAUGAUAUCUGAGGAAAUAAUGCACAAUCUUGAUAUGUGUGAGGUUUCUGUUCUUGGCGAUGAACUGAACACAGAACAAGAAAGCUUUGAUGUUGAUCAGUUUCAACUUCGACAAAGGGGUAUGGAGAUGAGUAACUCUUCAACUGGCAUGAUUGUCACAGGUGUCGAUACCAUGGCAAAUUAUGAAGAGAUGCUGCAUUUGAUCCGUUAUCGAAACUGGAACAGCGAGUCAUUGUUUGAAAGGAAGUUUAAACUAGUGUGCUCAGAAUUGAAUGGACGCUAUACCAGUAAUGAGUUCAGCGUUGAGGUCAAUGUUAUUCAUACUGCUAAUCGAGUGGAGCAUCCCAACCAUGUAUUGGUACAGCCAGAGUUUGUCCGCCCAGUUCAUCAUGCUUCAGUUGACCUAUCUGGACACAACCUUGCAAAUCCACAUCCAUCCACAGUUGUGCCCAGUGCAGCUACAGUUGUCAUUGUGAUCUGUGUCAGUUUCCUGGUCUUCAUGAUAAUCCUUGGGGUUUUCCGAAUCCGUGCUGCACACCAACGAACGAUACGGGAUCAGGAGAAUGGGAAGGAGAAUGAGAUGGACUGGGAUGAUUCAGCCCUGACAAUUACAGUGAACCCAAUGGAGACAUACGAGGACCAACAUAGUAGUGAAGAGGAGGAGGAGGAAGAGGAGGAAGAAAGUGAGGAGGGUGAUGAAGAAGAUGACAUUACCAGUGCGGAAUCUGAAAGCAGCGAGGAGGAAGGUGAGCAGGAAGACCAGCAGAAUGUAAACCGGCAGCAGCAACUCGAAUGGGAUGACUCAACUCUCACCUAUUGAUUUUCCCGCUGUUGCUUUGUGCUCUUGGAGACUCUGUUGCCCACUCCAUCUUAGCUAAGGAACCAUCUUGCACUUUUUUCUUGUCAUCUGAUGAAUGACUCUAGCUAAACAAUAUACAUGAUUUUCAGGACUCUAUGCUCUAAGAGGCAGCUUUGCUAUUUUCAGUUUUUGUUGAAAGAAGAAAAAAUGCAUUGAGUAGCGUUUAAAGUUGCUUGGUUCUGACCUGGUCAUAAUUUUUUUCUAGUGCAUGUGGAAAAAAAUGGAAGAGGUCAAUUUAUGUAGAAGAAUAACAAGAUUUUUAAUAUUUUGUAAAUAUAUUGAAAUUAUGUAAUUAAUGUCAUGGUAGUGAAAAAUGAGGAUUGGACAAACAAGUUGUAAAAGCAGACGUUUAAAGAGACAGUAUCUUUUUUUAAUGUUGACCUUUUGACGUUAUGUCUGUAAUUAAAAUAUACUGCUAUAUGUGACUAAGUUUAAUUAUGGUCACCCUUACUGAUGCUACAUGAAACACUACUGCUGUAAUUGUCUUAAAGCUGAUGUAAGGGGAAAAUUGCUUUCAAUAAUUCUAAUUGCUAAUCCAGCUAUAGAUAGGCAUUAAAUCUGAAUGCCUUUUGGCAUAGAACUCCACAGAUAUUUAUUUCACCUUUUGAAAUUAAAUCAAUGUAUAAUUGGUGACCAUUGGUGACUGUAAAAGUUUGACUAUGCAUUGGAUGUUAAAAAUGGGCCUUGUGUUUACUAAGCAAAGGUAAUACUGUCUUUUUAAAAUUGGGGAUUUAAUGGGAUGUGGUAAAUUCAGCAAAACCAAGGACUUAAUGCGCUUUCUUUGAGAACCAUCCCUGUUGGAUCAAUACACAAAGUAACUACCAAUAGUUCAGUACAUUGAAUUGUACUGUAGUUUUAAGCUAUUUGUUUACAUUUAGUAAACUUUGCUUUCUCCUUGUAAUAUUGUAGGUGAAAUUGUACAAAGAAAUUGGCUCAUAUUUGUGAAUCAAAUGUUUGGUGAUUUUAAAAACAGUGCUCUGCCUCCAUGUUUUUUUAAAUGAACUUGUUAACUAAUGUGCAAAGGAUGUUUGUCAGAAAGAUACUAAAUACGCAGCUUUAGUGAGAUGUACAGAGCAGUCUUGGCCUGAUGGACGGAAGGAGAAUUGUAGGGGUAUUUGUGGUCAGUGAUGAGCAAGAUUAUGGCUGUUGCAGCUUUUGAAACAUUUGUCGGCUGUUGUGACUAAGGAAUGUACUAAUGGUUAGAGUAGAUGAAGUGAAUUUAGCUUCUGUGAAGGGGAAAAAAGCAAGUCCUGGAAGAAAAUGAAAGAAAUGGCUGUUCUGUGCUCUUGCAGACUUCACCUUUCCUUGAAUUGGAAAUAACAUUCUUAAAACGGCAAACGUCCCACAAGAUUAAACCCUCCGGUUUUAAAGAUGUCUGAAUCUAGUGAGUGCUGAAAUGCCCAAAGCAUUUUCAGUAUCGCAGAAGCAAGAUGUGAGCUUUCCAGUCUUGAAUUACUUGGGGUAAUCUUUAGAAAUUGGAAGUGUAUAACAAGGUACAUUAUUGGGUGUAGAAAAUUUGUUUGAGCAUUAUUUAUGGCAUUAACGCAUUGUGGACAGGCUAGCAUCACACACACAUACCAGUGGGCCCUAAAUCAGCACCUGUGUGAAGACAACCACGACUUAAUGUUCCUGACUUCAAUGGCUAAGAAACAAGUCAUUACCUUGGUUAAAGUGAAAAUGCAGCUCUUCUACAAAGGCUUAUACAGAAAUACAACUACUUCAUUUUGCAAGGAGCUUUCCAAGAGUCUGUCAGGUUGUGUGAUGAACAUCAUUCCAUCUUUAGUGGAAUGGUCCCACUGGUUUUAAGUUGGAGGAUUGGUGCUGGAUUAUUCACAAAUAUUUACACCAACAUUCUAACGAGUGAUUGGCCGGGAGCGUUUUAUACCACUAGCUGAAGAAAUACAUUUGCAUGCUGCUAAAUUAGUGAUCUGUUGGUGGUUAAAGAUGAGCAUUCAGCUCGAGUCCAGAAAUGAUGUCAUGUUUUUUUUAUAGUUUCAAGAACAUUUAGGUCUAUCGACUUGGAUUUUCAUAAAUCCUUUUUCCUGCAGCUUGUAAUUCUGUGCUGUAGCCGCAGUGAUCACCUAAAGCCAGGUUGUUUUUUGUUGCAUCUUUUGUUCUUUGGAUCAGGAUCUGUCCUGGAUGCAAACAUGUGAUUUAAACUGGAUUGAGAUGAGCUGGUUUGGGAGUGCCUUGAAUUUUGCAAAUAGCAUAACUUAAUGAUGUACAUCUAGGAAGUGGAAUAGUCUAAUUUUUUUUAACUUUAAAUUAUAGGUUUCCUAACAUUGGGGGAGUAUGGUUUUACUUGAUUAUUUUUAUUUUGUCAAGUUUUUUAAAAAAUGUGCUAGUUUUUUUCAUGGUGAAAAGUAAAUCCUAUGUUUAAAUAUUUGUCUGACAUAGAUGUCUUGUGUUCAUGUUGUGUAAGAGACUUGAAGUCUAUUCAUAUAUUGUCAUCGUAGAUAAUGUAUUAGACUUAAAGGCAAUCAUGUUAAAAGCUAACAAUGGUGUAAUCAUGUUAUAAAUUGUAUGUAGCCAAUAUGGGUAUUACUUACAGAUCUGUAUAUGAUAGGUUAAUUUGAAGCCUUUAAGCUCCAAUAAAUUUCCAGCCCUAAACUCUACACUGUUGUCAGCAUGUUUUAAUGAGUUCUGUAGUGUGCAAUUUCUUGGGGUGAUGAAACUUGCUGCCUGAAGCAGAACAGUGUCAAAUAAAACACUUAAAACCA